UAUAAAACAUUUAAUAAGGUUAAAGAGAUAAAUAAUGUAACAAAAACUGGAGAUAAACAUCGGGUGAAGAGCACCAGCAAGAGACUACAGAGGGCGACACGUCCCUGCAGACCGGACGUUCGCGCCACCACCCGGGUACAUGGGACUAAAAGCACGGUCAGCAGCCAGAGGCCGAGUAACAAACCAGCAAUGGAUGUGGCCCCAGCCAAGGCUGGGGAUGUGGACAGGGACGCAGUCUCAUCAUCUCGCUCCAGGCCCUGGAUGUGAUCAGUGGAGACUUUCAGCUUCAAUUCCAGAGCUUCUAAAGCAAAUCUCGCAACAACCGUUUAGGAUUUCCAGCAAUUUUUCACAUCAUCCACUUACCCCAUAACAAGCAGAAGACGGGUCCAGAGCGGUCAAUAAGCAGGCCACAGACGAGUCAAUGCAAGUCAACUGGAAAGUGUAAACCUCCCAAGAGACCACAGAAACCUUUGAAGCCAAAUCGGGUACAAGAUAAGGAGGCUCCGCAACACUAGAGGUCACAGAGGAGCGGACUGCAGGCUUCUGUCCUUGGAAUGAUCUCCCCAAGCCACGGAGAGGUCGGGGUGUCACCAACUACAAUCCAGAGGCCUUUGCCCAUGUAAAUCCAGAGCUUUCUCUGUAGAUACAAACUAUCAAUAGGGUCUGCCAACCUGCACUCUCUCAUAUUCCCAAUAAACAUGCACGCUCAGCCAAGCAUGUAUGUGUCCAGAUCGGGCAGAAGAAAGCUGCUACCAGAUCCACACACAUGCACGCUCAGCCAAGCAUGUAUGCGUCCAGAUCGGGCAGAAGAAAGCUGCUACCAGAUCCACACACAUGCACGCUCAGCCAAACAUGUAUGUGUCCAGAUCGGGCAGAAGAAAGCUUCUACCAGAUCCACACACAUGCACGCUCAGCCAAGCAUGUAUGUGUCCAGAUCGGGCAGAAGAAAGCUGCUACCAGAUCCACACACAUGCACACUCAGCCAAGCAUGUAUGUGUCCAGAUCGGGCAGAAGAAAGCUGCUACCAGAUCCACACACAUGCACGCUCAGCCAAGCAUGUAUGUGUCCAGAUCGGGCAGAAGAAAGCUGCUACCAGAUCCACACACAUGCACGCUCAGCCAAGCAUGUAUGCGUCCAGAUCGGGCAGAAGAAAGCUUCUACCAGAUCCACACACAUGCACGCUCAGCCAACAAUGUAUGUGUCCAGAUCGGGCAGAUGAAAGCUGCUACCAGAUCCACACACAUGCACGCUCAGCCAAGCAUGUAUGUGUCCAGAUCGGGCAGAUGAAAGCUUCUACCAGAUCCACACACAUGCACGCUCAGCCAACAAUGUAUGUGUCCAGAUCGGGCAGAUGAAAGCUGCUACCAGAUCCACACACAUGCAUGCUCAGCCAAGCAUGUAUGUGUCCAGAUCGGGCAGAUGAAAGCUGCUACCAGAUCCACACACAUGCACGCUCAGCCAAGCAUGUAUGUGUCCAGAUCGGGCAGAUGAAAGCUGCUACCAGAUCCACACACAUGCACACUCAGCCAAGCAUGUAUGCGUCCAGAUCGGGCAGAAGAAAGCUGCUACCAGAUCCACACACAUGCACGCUCAGCCAAACAUGUAUGUGUCCAGAUCGGGCAGAAGAAAGCUGCUACCAGAUCCCCACACAUGCACGCUCAGCCAACAAUGUAUGUGUCCAGAUCGGGCAGAUAAAAGCUGCUACCAGAUCCACACACAUACACGCUCAGCCAAGCAUGUAUGUGUCCAGAUCGGGCAGAUGAAAGCUGCUACCAGAUCCACACACAUGCACACUCAGCCAAGCAUGUAUGUGUCCAGAUCGGGCAGAUGAAAGCUGCUACCAGAUCCACACACAUGCACGCUCAGCCAAGCAUGUAUGCGUCCAGAUCGGGCAGAUGAAAGCUGCUACCAGAUCCACACACAUGCACACUCAGCCAAGCAUGUAUGUGUCCAGAUCGAGCAGAUGAAAGCUGCUACCAGAUCCACACACAUGCACGCUCAGCCAAGCAUGUAUGCGUCCAGAUCGGGCAGAAGAAAGCUGCUACCAGAUCCACACACAUGCACGCUCAGCCAAACAUGUAUGUGUCCAGAUCGGGCAGAUGAAAGCUGCUACCAGAUCCACACACAUGCACACUCAGCCAAGCAUGUAUGUGUCCAGAUCGAGCAGAUGAAAGCUGCUACCAGAUCCACACACAUGCACGCUCAGCCAAGCAUGUAUGCGUCCAGAUCGAGCAGAUGAAAGCUGCUACCAGAUCCACACACAUGCACGCUCAGCCAAGCAUGUAUGUGUCCAGAUCGGGCAGAUGAAAGCUGCUACCAGAUCCACACACAUGCACGCUCAGCCAAGCAUGUAUGUGUCCAGAACGGGCAGAAGAAAGCUUCUACCAGAUCCACACACAUGCACGCUCAGCCAAGCAUGUAUGUGUCCAGAACGGGCAGAAGAAAGCUUCUACCAGAUCCACACACAUGCACCCUCAGCCAAGCAUGUAUGCGUCCAGAUCGGGCAGAAGAAAGCUGCUACCAGAUCCACACACAUGCACACUCAGCCAAGCAUGUAUGUGUCCAGAUCGGGCAGAAGAAAGCUGCUACCAGAUACACACACAUGCACGCUCAGCCAAGCAUGUAUGUGUCCAGAUCGAGCAGAUGAAAGCUGCUACCAGAUCCACACACAUGCACGCUCAGCCAAGCAUGUAUGCGUCCAGAUCGGGCAGAAGAAAGCUGCUACCAGAUCCACACACAUGCACGCUCAGCCAAACAUGUAUGUGUCCAGAUCGGGCAGAUGAAAGCUGCUACCAGAUCCACACACAUGCACGCUCAGCCAAGCAUGUAUGUGUCCAGAUCGGGCAGAAGAAAGCUUCUACCAGAUCCACACACAUGCACGCUCAGCCAAGCAUGUAUGUGUCCAGAACGGGCAGAAGAAAGCUGCUACCAGAUCCACACACAUGCACGCUCAGCCAAGCAUGUAUGUGUCCAGAACGGGCAGUAGAAAGCUGCUACCAGAUCCACACACAUGCACGCUCAGCCAAGCAUGUAUGUGUCCAGAUCGAGCAGAUGAAAGCUGCUACCAGAUCCACACACAUGCACGCUCAGCCAAGCAUGUAUGUGUCCAGAUCGGGCAGAAGAAAGCUGCUACCAGAUCCACACACAUGCACGCUCAGCCAAACAUGUAUGUGUCCAGAUCGGGCAGUAGAAAGCUUCUACCAGAUCCACACACAUGCACGCUCAGCCAACAAUGUAUGUGUCCAGAUCGGGCAGAAGAAAGCUGCUACCAGAUCCACACACAUGCACGCUCAGCCAAGCAUGUAUGUGUCCAGAUCGGGCAGAAGAAAGCUGCUACCAGAUCCACACACAUGCACGCUCAGCCAAGCAUGUAUGUGUCCAGAACGGGCAGAAGGAAGAAAGCUGCUACCAGAUCCACACACAUGCACCCUCAGCCAAGCAUGUAUGCGUCCAGAUCGGGCAGAAGAAAGCUUCUACCAGAUCCACACACAUGCACGCUCAGCCAAGCAUGUAUGUGUCCAGAUCGGGCAGAAGAAAGCUGCUACCAGAUCCACACACAUGCACACUCAGCCAAGCAUGUAUGUGUCCAGAUCGGGCAGAAGAAAGCUGCUACCAGAUCCACACACAUGCACGCUCAGCCAAGCAUGUAUGUGUCCAGAUCGGGCAGAAGAAAGCUUCUACCAGAUCCACACACAUGCACGCUCAGCCAAGCAUGUAUGUGUCCAGAUCGGGCAGAAGAAAGCUGCUACCAGAUCCACACACAUGCACGCUCAGCCAAGCAUGUAUGUGUCCAGAUCGAGCAGAUGAAAGCUGCUACCAGAUCCACACACAUGCACGCUCAGCCAAGCAUGUAUGCGUCCAGAUCGGGCAGAAGAAAGCUGCUACCAGAUCCACACACAUGCACGCUCAGCCAAGCAUGUAUGCGUCCAGAUCGGGCAGAAGAAAGCUGCUACCAGAUCCACACACAUGCACGCUCAGCCAAACAUGUAUGUGUCCAGAUCGGGCAGAUGAAAGCUGCUACCAGAUCCACACACAUGCACGCUCAGCCAAGCAUGUAUGUGUCCAGAUCGAGCAGAUGAAAGCUGCUACCAGAUCCACACACAUGCACGCUCAGCCAAGCAUGUAUGUGUCCAGAUCGGGCAGAAGAAAGCUUCUACCAGAUCCACACACAUGCACGCUCAGCCAAGCAUGUAUGUGUCCAGAUCGAGCAGAUGAAAGCUGCUACCAGAUCCACACACAUGCACGCUCAGCCAAGCAUGUAUGUGUCCAGAUCGAGCAGAUGAAAGCUGCUACCAGAUCCACACACAUGCACGCUCAGCCAAGCAUGUAUGUGUCCAGAUCGGGCAGAUGAAAGCUGCUACCAGAUCCACACACAUGCACGCUCAGCCAAACAUGUAUGUGUCCAGAUCGGGCAGUAGAAAGCUUCUACCAGAUCCACACACAUGCACGCUCAGCCAACAAUGUAUGUGUCCAGAUCGGGCAGAAGAAAGCUGCUACCAGAUCCACACACAUGCACGCUCAGCCAAGCAUGUAUGUGUCCAGAUCGGGCAGAAGGAAGAAAGCUGCUGGCCGACCAUUCUGCUCCCUCCAGACUUACACAAGCAGCAAAUGAAGGAGGCAUCUGAGAUGUCCUCACUGUCCGCUGACUACAAGCUUCCUGCAUCUAGGAAUCAUUCAUCUUAUCCUGUGCAGGGACAAUAUGUAAAAUGGCUGGAAUUCCUAAAGGGUUAACGCACGGUUUCUGAAAACCCCACAAAUGAAAGUCCCCGCUUCAGUCACAUCUUGAUGCCUUCGGUCUCGGUCCAAACACUCCUGGAUCCAAAUGUAUGACAUACUCGGAAGGGUGACACUACAGUGAAGGGUUACACAGCAGACGAAGGGUUAAUCUGGCCCACAUUGUAAACAGUAGUGAGGUGAGGAAUGGCCGACCUACAGGGUCCUGUGUGUAACCAGAGAGGCCGCGCACCAGUGAGGACACCAGCGGC